UUCUUUAUGAUAAGACAAAAGGUUUAUGGGGUUAUGAUUAGGCCCAUGUUCGAUUUCCAUUAGUUGCCAAGUGAACGUGUAAUUUGCUCUUUGAAUUUAGAUGUAAUCCAUCCCCUAACAUAUGUCAUACAUAACCAUUGAAUUCUUUAUGACACCGACUAACGUUACAGAGGCAUGGUGUUGUCAUCAAGCGUAGCUAUGUUUGGCUCUGUGGUGAACGAGUCAACUAAGAAGGUGGAACAGCUAGUGAGUAUAGUCCUAGUGACCUUCCAGGAGAAAGGAGGCACGCCGACGGUCCGAGUUGUGACAGGCCAUGCAGUGCAGGAAGUAGAGGUCCUCCAGGAGGGCAAUGAAGAAACGGCGGGGCGGCUGAGGUUAAUUUUCACACCCCCAGGAGCCCACGCCCUUGGUCCGGAAGAAGUGAGGCACAGGAAAGAGAGCCUCCGCAUGUGGCUGGAAAAGAACCGUAUCCCCGUGGAAGAGAAGGGCGAGAUGCUGUGCGUGGCCAACGUGCUGACAGUGAGUGCCCCCUACGGAGCGGAAGACUGUAGCAGCUCCAACGAGAUCAUCCUGGCCCGAGUGCAGAGCCUGGUGGAGAGCAACCCUGAUUCAACUCCAGACCAGCCUGCCAUCUCCUGAUGAAGGAUUCACUUUGACAUAUAGGGAUAGUUUCCCAAACACAGAUCAGGCUCAGCCUAGUCCUGGAAUAAAAUACAUUGUCUAUUUUCUUGAUCUCCAUUGAAAUAGCUUUUUAGUUCAGGACUAAGCUUAAUCUGUGUCAGGGAAACCAGCUCAUAGUGGAUGUCAAUAGUCUAAAAUGGUCUCGUCUCCUUCAUCUGCCUCUAUAUGGGGAAAAAAAUGGACUGGGAAUUGGGUCUUGGCCAUGUGUCUUUCACCUAUCCUACGUUUUUAGAUAAGUGAAGGUCGAGGAGAGGAGGAGGGAAAGCCACUCUAGACUGUUGGGAUGAACUGAGAGACACUUAAAAUGCUUUGGAUUGUUGAUGGUUCAAAUGUUAUUAUAAUCAUAUUCAACAAUGGACAUUGCUAUCACAAAGCAAACAGUUGGCAACAUUUAGAAAUGUGAAGUUUUGGUUCUAAAGAUACCUUUUUUGUAAGUUUGUAAUGCACUUUUGUUAUUAAACGUGCACUGUUACUUACAAACCAAUAGUUGCAUCUGUCCCGCUACACUUAAAUAUCUAUAAAAAAGACCAAUAAAAUACCUGUGCCUAUAAAA